AUGCCUUCUAAGAGCCUAAACUCGCCUUCUGUACCGAUGUGCGCGCCCCUUGACACGCAAGCUGUUAGAGAACUUUUCAAUCAGUUCAAGAGUCUAGCCUCCACGACGGGGUAUGAUACUACUCUAGCAGUUUACGAUGAAAAUGCCAAACUAUACGGCCAGCUGAAGUCCAAAGACUCCGAGCUCAAAAACCUAAUGGGCGAAAUAAACGAGCGAGAGCGAAAGAAGGAGACCGCGCUCAACGAAAUGUUCGAGGCCAUUGAGAAAGAGAAGGGUAGACACAAAGAGACUAAGGAGCAGGCUUUGUUGCUUCAAAGGACCAUUGAGGACAAGGAGAAGCUUAUUUCUGAGCGUGACAAGCGCAUAGGUGAACUCGAGAAGCAAGUAAAGAAGCUUCAAUCGGACAAUACAAAGGAGAGGGGAAAGCUGGCAGAUUCGCAGAAGGACGUCACUGCUCUGCAAAAUGCCAAGAAAGAGAAAGAAGACACUAUCGAGAAGAUGAAAUCGGUAGGUGCUGACUUGAAAGAAAAACUCUCCACCUCGAAGAAGAGGGUCAAAGCGCUAGAGGAACAGGUUUCCAUGCUUAAAGGAACACUAGCAACUACUCAAGGGCGCCUCACAAAACUGGAGGGAUUUGCCGCUGGGCAUCAUGAAGUGGAUGAAGAGUCAUUGGUUGAAGGCUUUAUUGAGCUUUGGGAGUACGCUAAAACUGAGUUAUACCCUCACCUGAACGUGGACUUCCCCAGCGAGACUCUGAGGGGAAUCGGUUGGCAGGAUAUUUCACCGUGGGACAGGCUCCGACAUUGUGACUUGGUACGCGCUAAUCAAGUCCCUCUUCCGUGUUCGAACACAUCAGUGGCGAAACAGAUGCGGUUUUCCGUCAUCCUGGCUAUUCUGGCAAGAGAGAUAGCCAAACACAUUUUCCAGCCAACGUACAUCGCACCUAUGGAAGAUUACUUUGAGAAAGCCCUUUCCAACUUGGCCGCUACUAAUAGCGAAAAAGAAUCUUUUUGUCGAUCGAUUCUUCUUUCCAUCGAUCCGGAAACCCAGGCAAGGAUAUGUCUCAAAAAUGUUCAAAGUGCGGUUAAUAACGUCUCAGCAUACCUGGAUGAACUACUUCCAGAAGACCAACGCAGUGCAUUUGUUAGAAGCCUAAGCAAAGUUAUACAAAAGGCUGUGGAUAUCUGGAAACCGGUUCAGCGCGCUCAACGCAGAUAUGUACCAGACUUUGAAUCCCCGCACGCCGAAGAUGAGUGGGAAGCCUUUACAUUUCCUACUGACGAGAACCCCACUACAGAGACAAACGCCAAUCAGAAAAGCCCAAAUAACUUCUCCUUAACCGUUUUCCCCCGCAUUUGUGUGAUAGAGAACAACACAUGCACUGCCUUUACAACUGUCAUACUAUUGAAUAGCUCGCAUUAUCAAUGGACGGCUGCGGCAACCGAGAUAAGCAAAGAGCCACCUAGUCCUACCAUUGGACGAGUACUGAGCCUGUGGCACAAAGGCUCAAAUAAUAGGAAAAAUUUGCCUCUUCCGAAUGGAGGUCCGACGAAGACGAACAAGGCGUGA